GGCUGGGUUGGUGGUGACUUACAGACUCAGGAACUAUCAGAAGAACACUUCCCUUGGAAAAUUUUACCCACCAACAUGAAGCUGAUCUGCUGUGAUGGUCACUUAGAAGGGUUUCACUUUUUCCUAAACGGUGACUGUUUAAAAGUCUUGCAGUCUGGACAGUUAACAGCUGAAGAAAAUAUGACAAGACACACGCAAAGAGGUUGGAAGAUAGAGAGGAAGAAUGCGCCAGAAAGAAGCUGAGCUCCUUUCUUGUGUAAACUGCCUGAGUGAGGCACCCCCUCCCUCCCCUGGCCUCUGUCCCUGUCUCCAAUACCUCCCCUCCCCCCCCACCUUCCAGGCUGUGUUUUGCUGUCUGCCUGAAGGCCAGAAGUGAUCUGUUAACCUUGCACCACUGACUGGGAGGCCACUGCAGCUCAUGGUUCCAGUGGCAUGUGCCGGCAGAGUGCUGGGUGCAGACUUUUGCCCAAACCUGGAGGAGCCAGACCAGAGGCUGGAAGUCCAGGCCAUCCGUUGCACACUGGUAAACUGCACGUGUGAAUGUUUUCAACCAGGGAAGAUUAACUUGAGGACUUGUGAUCAGUGUAAACAUGGCUGGGUGGCACAUGCCUUGGAUAAGCUCAGCACGCAGCACCUGUACCACCCCACCCAAGUGGAGAUUGUACAGUCCAAUGUAGUGUUCGACAUCAGCAGCCUAAUGCUCUAUGGAACACAAGCAGUGCCUGUGCGGCUAAAGAUCCUACUGGACCGUCUCUUCAGUGUCCUGAAGCAAGAGGAGGUGCUACACAUCCUGCAUGGCCUAGGCUGGACUCUGCGUGACUAUGUCCGGGGGUACAUCCUUCAGGAUGCUGCUGGCAAGGUGCUGGACCGCUGGGCCAUCAUGUCUCGAGAAGAGGAAAUCAUCACCCUUCAGCAGUUUCUACGGUUUGGAGAAACCAAAUCCAUUGUGGAACUGAUGGCAAUUCAGGAAAAAGAAGGGCAGGCCGUAGCUGUACCAUCUUCAAAGACAGACUCCGAUAUAAGGACUUUCAUUGAGAGCAAUAAUCGCACCAGGAGUCCCAGCCUUCUUGCUCACCUAGAGAACAGCAACCCUUCCAGCAUUCAUCACUUUGAAAACAUCCCAAACAGUCUUGCAUUUCUGCUUCCAUUCCAGUACAUAAACCCAGUCUCAGCCCCACUGCUAGGGCUGCCUCCCAAUGGGUUGCUCUUAGACCAACCAGGACUGAGGCUGCGGGAACCGAGCCUUUCAACCCAGAAUGAAUAUAAUGAGAGCAGCGAAUCUGAAGUGUCUCCCACACCUUACAAGAAUGACCAGACACCCAAUAGAAAUGCCCUGACCAGCAUUACUAAUGUGGAGCCUAAAACCGAGCCAGCCUGUGUGUCCCCUAUUCAGAAUUCUGCCCCAGUCAGUGAUCUGACCAAAACUGAACACCCAAAAAGCUCAUUCCGAAUUCACCGAAUGAGAAGGAUGGGGUCAGCCUCUAGGAAAGGAAGAGUAUUCUGUAAUGCAUGUGGGAAGACAUUCUAUGACAAGGGUACUCUCAAAAUUCAUUAUAAUGCUGUCCAUCUGAAGAUCAAACAUCGAUGCACCAUUGAAGGGUGCAAUAUGGUCUUUAGCUCCCUCCGAAGCCGAAAUCGCCAUAGUGCAAACCCUAACCCUCGCCUUCAUAUGCCUAUGCUAAGGAAUAACCGAGACAAAGAUUUGAUUCGAGCCACAUCAGGAGCUGCCACCCCUGUCAUAGCAAGUACAAAGUCAAAUCUCACUCUCACGAGUCCUGGCCGCCCCCCAAUGGGUUUUACCACUCCCCCACUAGACCCUGUCUUACAGAAUCCUCUCCCUAGCCAGCUGGUGUUUUCUGGGCUAAAGACUGUCCAGCCGGUUCCUCCAUUUUAUAGAAGUUUACUCACUCCUGGGGAAAUGGUGAGUCCUCCAACCUCCCUCCCGACCAGUCCCAUCAUUCCAACCAGUGGUACUAUAGAGCAACAUCCCCCACCACCCCCUGAGCAAGCAGCACCAAUAGUGAUGAUGGCUACUCAUGAACCCAGUAUGGAGCUAGCACCCAAGAAGAAGCCCAGGAAGUCCAGUAUGCCUGUGAAGAUUGAGAAGGAAAUUAUUGACACUGCUGAUGAGUUUGAUGAUGAAGAUGAUGACCCCAAUGAUAGUGGAGCUGUGGUCAAUGACAUGAGCCAUGACAAUCAUUGUCACUCCCAAGAGGAGAUGAGUCCAGGCAUGUCUGUGAAGGACUUUUCUAAGCAUAGCAGAGCCCGAUGCAUUUCAAGGACUGAAAUAAGAAGGGCUGACAGCAUGACUUCUGAAGACCAAGAGCCAGAACGGGACUAUGAGAAUGAGUCUGAAUCUUCAGAACCCAAACUAGGUGAGGAGUCCAUGGAAGGGGAUGAGCAUUUGCACAGUGAAGUGAGUGAAAAAGUGCUGAUGAGCAGUGAGAGGCCUGAUGAGAACCACAGUGAGCCCUCUCACCAGGAUGUCAUCAAGGUGAAGGAAGAAUUUACAGAUCCCACUUAUGACAUGUUUUACAUGAGCCAGUAUGGACUGUAUAAUGGUGGUGGAGCCAGCAUGGCAGCCCUGCAUGAAAGUUUUGCUUCGUCUCUGAAUUAUGGAAGCCCUCAAAAGUUCUCCCCAGAAGGUGACCUGUGUUCUAGUCCAGACCCCAAAAUCUGUUAUGUGUGCAAGAAGAGUUUCAAAAGCUCCUACAGUGUAAAGCUUCACUACAGGAAUGUUCACUUAAAAGAGAUGCAUGUGUGCACGGUGGCUGGCUGCAAUGCUGCCUUCCCUUCUCGGAGAAGCAGAGACAGAAACAGAAAUUUACGGAUGGAAAGAACCAUAGGUCCAGGACAUCGAGACAGCCUGCAUCUCCGUAGACACAGUGCCAACAUAAAUCUGCAUCGUAAACUGUUGACCAAAGAACUCGAUGAUAUGGGUCUGGACUCAUCACAGCCCUCACUUAGCAAAGACCUUCGGGAUGAAUUUUUGAUGAAGAUCUAUGGUGCCCAGCACCCCAUGGGGCUCGAUGUCAGGGAAGAAGCCUCCUCUCCAGCAGGGACUGAAGACUCCCACCUGAAUGGCUAUGGGAGAGGCAUGGCGGAGGACUACAUGGUCCUUGAUCUGAGUACCACUUCCAGCCUCCAGUCCAGCAGUAGCAUCCAUUCCUCCAGAGAAUCCGACGCAGGCAGCGAUGAGGGCAUUCUUCUUGAUGACAUUGAUGGAGCGAGUGACAGUGGGGAAUCAGCACACAAGGCCGAGGUCCCUGCCCUCUCCGGCAGCCUAGGGGCUGAAGUUUCUGGAUCUUUAAUGUUCAACAGCUUGUCCGGGAGCAAUGGUGGGAUCAUGUGCAACAUUUGCCACAAAAUGUACAGCAACAAGGGGACCUUGAGAGUGCACUACAAAACGGUGCAUUUGCGAGAAAUGCACAAGUGCAAAGUCCCUGGUUGCAAUAUGAUGUUUUCCUCUGUGCGAAGCCGAAAUCGGCAUAGUCAGAACCCAAAUCUCCACAAAAACAUUCCUUUCACUUCAGUAGAUUAGUCUAAGAAUGGACAUUACAAAUGCCAGCUCUCACCCGAUGGCCUACAUAUUUGAACUGCCAUAGUCAGUGUGUGCUUGUGUACUUGGGCGUGGGUGUCUGUGUGUGUGUCUGUGUGUCUAUAUACAUGUAUGCUUUUGUGUCUAUAUAUAUAUAUAUAUAUAUAUAUAGACACACACACUCACACACACAUACUUUCUUUAGAUAAAGAAGAUAAACAAUAGGUGCUUUUGAAAUUUCUUUUAUAGUUUUGGGGAAGGGGUGGGAUUUUUAAUUUGAAGUUGAAAACAGAGUACCCUUUAUACACACACACACACACACACACACACACACACACACACACACACACACACACACACGCAAAGCGUGCAAGUAGCCCAAAUUUUGACAGGAUAAUUCUUGGUCUUUUCCAAUGAGACAAUUUGUUGUACCCAUGACUAUUGCCUGCAAGAACAUAAAAGUUGGGGGGGGGGUAAAAAAAAAAAGAGCUUCUUAUAGUGUCUUUUGUGAACUUUAAAGUUUUGAGAGAAUCUUCAAUAAAAGCAUGGCAGAUUCACCUGUAAAUAUUUAGCCUUCAGAGGCCACUGAUGUAAAACAAUUGUAUUGAUUGUUGUUUAACUCUUUUGUUUAAUUUUUACAGUUACAUCCAGCUGUUAGAUAUGCAGGAAAAAAAAUAGUUUGCUGGCUAGCUCUGUUCAUUUAUGUUAGCAUUAAUGCACAUUUAAAAAAAAAACAUGGUCUUGUUUUUACUACCUGCUAGAUAUAGUGAUAAAGAGGUGCUGGCAUGCUUUACAGCACAGAUCUGAUUUUUUUUUAAUGUCCUAUACUAGUACAUAAAUCCAGUCAUGCACUUUUUUUCGUACACUACAAGGGGAUGUGUAAUAUCCAAGUUUCUUUUUUAUCCUUAAACUAUUGCCAUACUUCAAGUAAGUGUCUUUUUAAAAAAGAAUUCACUUGUAUAAAAAUAGUCUGGUCAGUAUAGGGCACAAAUGCCAAAUAAAAGUAUUAGUGUUAACACAAAACUGCCAACUUUGCACAAGUUUCCAGAAAAGAAAAUACAAUUAGUCACUCAACAUAACCACAGGCCGAUUUGUAGGCCACCAGAAAACCGCUUAAAAAAAAAAAAAAAAACACUUGGUGAUUCUUUCAAGUGCUGAAUGUUAUUAGAAUCAACAUUGCAUCCUUUUUGCUUAUAUGUUAAGUUACAUAAAAGGAAAACAAAAUUAUGUGGUGUGAAAUAGUCAAGGCAUUUUCUUUAGAGGCAGGAUAAUAUUUCAAGAUACAAAAACUCAAAUUACACACUAUGGAACAAAUAAGUGUUGAAUACUCAUUUCCAAAGGCGUAAGUCUUAUCCCUGAAAAAGAAAGUCUGAGCUGGGUUGGCCUGUUGUAUGGCAAUCUAAUUUGUUGCAAGUUCUGCAGCAGUACAGUGAUUCACGCCUGUUUGAUAGGUAAAAAUCAAGACUUUUAACAGCAGCAGUACUUGGAAGCUUUGAAAACAUACACUGAACUUGAAUUGAGCAACACUCCUUUCUGAACAGCUAAAAGGGGGGUUUAAAAUAGGAUCUCCCACUGUUUAGUGUUUUGUGUUUCCCCACACUAUUUGUCAGAGAGAAAUGAAAGCAAGCCUGAAACCAAGCAAUUGAGAGUGAAAAAGAGGGGGAGAUUAUUCUACAAACCUUUUUUUGUUUAUUUGUUUGUUUUGUUUUGUUUCCGAUGUUUACACAUGUUGCCUGAGCUGGUUAACCACAUCAGCAGCCUCAGCUACCACAACAUACUGACUAAAUGAUAUUUACUCAAGAUCAGUCUGCAGCCAAAGCCAUUAGGGUGUGCAUUGCAGACUGUGCUUUGUUGUCUUUUUUCCUUUUUUUUUUUCCUUCUUUGUGGAACAGGGAAAUAAGAGACAAAAAAAAAAAAAAAAAGGAAUACUCUGUCAAACAGUGUAUGAUACUUUAAAGAAAAUGUUUUUUUCUGUUUUCUGCAUUUUGAUGGCCUCAAACAUUUCUCUCUAAAAUUUUGAAGUGCCCCUUGGUUUUUAACUUCUCAUGUUUCCAUUUUUCAUGUUUUGUAAUUGUUUUUUUUUAUGUUCACAUCAGCAUUCACUUCCGUUAAAUUUGCCAAAGGAAACUGUUAAUGUUUCUGUUGUUGUUAUUAUUUCCUGUAGGAUUUGUUGUACCUCACAGUAUUUAUUGUUUCCAAAAAAUAAUAAUAAUAAUAAUAAUAAUACGCAUCAUUAGUUGAGGAUUCAGUAUUUGUAUUUGUGGAAAUUUCAGAAACAAUAGAUUUUUUUUAAAGAUAAGCUAAAUAUGUCUAGGAGCUUUAUCUUUUUCAGCUCCUUCCAAGGAUGCUAUGGGGUUCACUUAAUUCUUCAUUGUUCUACAGUGAGGGAAGACCAAAAGUAUUUGCAGUACAAAAGUAUAUCAAACACUAUGUUUGUUAAAUGACAGAUGUUUACGGUAAAAAGCUGAGGAAUUAGUAAUAACCAUUUUUGUUUUCUUGUACCUUUGAAAUCCCCAAAGUCUUAAUUGCAUUAUUUUGGUGUUGUGUUAAAUUGAAUAGACAGAGUUGUUUUCCUUUGUUUUAUACCAUAUAAGACUCUGUACAUUAUGUUUGUGAAAGAUUGAAUUAGAAUAAUGAAAGUUUGUUUGCAAACAUUUUGGUCCUCUUAGCGUUCUCUGUAUUGCGCUGCUGCCCCAUUACCAUAUAACUAGAUUAUAAAUGGCUGGAAAAAGUGUUUUUGCAUCCCAACAAGAGAUUAUGGGCACCCUAGAUUCUGGACUAUGCAAAGAUUAAAUUACACCUAAUUAUAUGAAACACAUUUUAUUUAAGCAGUUUUUAAAAGUUACACUUUUGAUUGAGAUACUAGAACUCAUCUUGUACAAAAUCAAUGUUUGUUCUGUUUAAUUUAAUGUCAGCUGAAAGAUCACAAAAACCUAAGUGAGUAAAUUAUAGCUGUCAGCAGGUCACAUCAGCAAGUGAACCAGGUGUAGAACAAAUGUUACUUGUCAGAAAUCAGGCUAAUGUGCAUGGGCAGUUGACCAAGCCCAAAAAUAAUGAAGUUCUCCAAGUAGAGUUUCCUUUACUCAGAAAUAGGAAUGUUUACCUGCAUUUCAUCUGAGAUCUAUCAAUGAGUCUUCAGCAACUCAUGCUUUUUAAGUAUCUGCCCAUUCACUAGUACUUUUAUGCCCCAAGUGCCCAAAUGUUAUUUAUGGUGGCCUUAUGGGUGAAUCACAUUUUCCAGUAUAAGACCUAUUUGCUUAAAAUAGGCAGUGAGAAUGGAUGGAAUUGGUGUAUAAAAUAUAAAAUCACCAGAGAUUCAGCUCUCCUGAACCCUGCUUAUCCUUGGGAGUGCGUCUCAAUGCCCAGGAUGUGACUUGCCUAUAGCUCUGGUGAAGGUGUUGACUUCAGGGCUUGUUUGCCUAAGUGAUAGAUAGAGAAACUAGCUUUUCAAUCAUCAAGCCCUUCAUUCUUUAUGCAUUCCUAUUCAUUCAUUUUUUUUUCAUAAGAUGGUCCUAUCAUGAAAUAGUUUCUGUGUAGCCACAUCCAUUCUAUGCCACCUGAAAAUCAAAUGAUGACAGUUUUUAUCCAACCAGCCUUUUCCCAGUUGAUCUUUUUUUUUUUUUUUUUUGCCUCCAGGACUAUUGCUGGGGCUCGCUGCCUGCACUAUGAAUCCAUUGCUCCUGGAGGCUAUUUUCCCCCAUUUUGUUGCCCUUGUUGUUUUAUCCUUGUUGUGGUUAUUACUAUGGAUGUCGUUGUUGUUGGAUAGAACAGAGAGAACUCGAGAGGAGGGGAAAACAAGGGGACAGAAAGACAGACAUCUGCAGACCUGCUUCACCGACUUGAAGCGACCCCCCUGCAAGUGGGGAGCAGGGGGCUCAAACCCGGAUCCUUAUGCCGUGGGUCCUUGCACUUUGCGCCAUGUGUGUUUUACCUGGUGGGCUACCGCCCAACCCCCAGUUGAUCAAUUUUUAACUACAGUAUUGGCACAGGUACAAAACUGGGCAAUUAUUAAUUGAAAACUUACUGUUUCAAUAAUUUUAAACUGUUUUUAUAAAAAUCAGAAAGAUUUAGUCUGCCAAAAAUAAGUAUCUGCAUAUCAUUUACAAGGGGUGGAGCAGCAAAUAACUAGAAAAGAAAUAGAUAAUGAUAACUUGAUUUUAAAAGGUUGACAUUCUUUGUCCUAUUAUUAAUUGUAUUGAAAUUUCCCAACCCAUUGUCAUGCAUGUCAUAUCUUUGUCCAGCUUCCUGGUUCAGCCUGAUGCCUUUUAAACGUACGAACGUUCUCCUUCUAAAUGAAAUGUGGCAAACAACUUUUUAAAAAAAAUCUUAGCACAAUGGUACAACUGUCCUUAUGUAAUCUCUUUAGUGAUGAAUUCCCAGGGCCUUUCAGUAAGCAGAGAAAGAUAUUUAGCUGGUUUAACAACUCCAUUCAUGUAUACAUUGCACUUAAAAAAAAAAAGGAAAAAGCUUUGUAUGAAAAAAAUGGGCUAUUUCAGAUGCAGUUUCCCUAUACUUAUGAGAAGCCAUGCACUAGGUUUCCACUGAAUAAUAUAUGGCCUUUAUUUCACUUUCCUCUGACACAUCCCAAAUGUGUGCCAAACAAAUGAGACCAGGGUCCUUAGCAAUUAAGACAUAAAUAAGCUGGUAACCAGAUUGAGAUGGGCAUGCUGCUGGCUGCUGGUGGCUGACCUGAACAAUCUUAACUUGUACUGGGUCUGUUACUGUUGAGUGAGAUUGACUGACAACAGUAAAAUCCAACUGCCAAAAGAGUCAUUGCAACUGUUGUCAGAAACAUAUCACAUGCAAGACUCUGUCUUUUUAUAUCGUGGACACAAUCCCUCAGAACUUGUCUAAAACAGGUGAGCUAGUGUUACUCUGUUUUAAGAAGUUCCUUGAGUUCCUUCCAAACUUGGAAUAUUUCAAUUAGAAACUUUGCUUUUUUUUUCUUUCUUUCCCUCAUACUCUUUGAUUUUCACCAGAAAGGGUCAAAAUGAGAGAACUUAAGGUAUCUGGUAUUAAGAAUUAAGAAGGAAAUUGGUACCUGCUCUGGUUUGAGGAUAGCUAAAAGAAAAAGAAAAAAAAAGUUAAUACCAGGCUUGUGUUUGUUCAGAUCCUACUUAGCAGUGAUUGAGAGUUGGUGGGUGCAGUGCCCACACUAUGCCCCACAACUGGGUGUGGCCCUGAACCCCAGUGCAAGAAAGCAAAGAAGACAAGGGCAGGAAUAGCUGAAAAUCCUUAAGAGAGCCAACCAAGUGGCUUCUUUUAAUUUUUUUUUUAAGUGAGAAGUGAUACUGGUAUCUCUUGAGGAACAAAAUGAUACAGCAGGUCACCUUGGUUAUAAAAAAGGCAGGCCAGUGAUCAAAGGAGUGAGUGGGGUAGAAGUGUGUGCAAACCAGCUAGGAUCUUUUCUUUUCCCAUCUUGACUUUGCCUGCCCUUUUAGCCUUGACUGCAAUGCCCCUGAGCUGUAAGCUCUCAAUUAGAAAUGUGAGCUUACUCUUUCUAAAAAGUAUGAAAGUGACUUUUCUGUAGCCACAUAAUAGUCUUGCUGUAUUAACACUAAGGCCACAUUUACUCUGUCCCAGACUCACUUCCUUAUUUCCUAGAGUUGAUGAGUUACUCAACAUGAAUGGUGGUCUUCAAUUAGUGUCAUGUAAACCCAGCUGUAAAAUUGGUGAAUGGAUUUGUCGAGCAUCAUUCUUUUCAUCUUUCUUUUCUUCAUCUUUUUUCCUAUAUCUGCACAGAAGUAAUAUUUAUUGUCAUUUAGCAAUAACUGGAUAGCAUCUAGUAUCAUUUUUUGAUAUUUGUUGAGAAAUCCAAAAACCUAAUAAUGAGGUGCUUAAGAACCAAGCAUUUUUAGAAGUACAUUUAAACAGGUCAGCAUUACUGUUAAAUAUAUAUAUAUAUAUGUACAUAUACAAGUAUGUUUAUUUGGAACAACAUACUACUACCUUUAUUCUCUUUAAAAUGUUAUAAAUUCAUUUGACGUUUACUGCAAAAAAGAAAAUCUUUUUUUACAUAGAGUAUCAAGACAAGGCUCAGUUUGUAACAAAUAGUGGACCAUUACAAAAAAAAAAAAAAAAAAAACAGAAAGAAAAAGUCAAGCUGAGCAGUAAGAAGCUUCAGUUCAAUUUCACCUCAUAUCUUUCUAAUAACUUACUUGUCACUUUAUUACCUUCCAGUAAUGUGAACGCAGCUGACAAGACUGUCACACUAACAGCAGACAACACCCUCUCUGCUUCAGCCCCAGCUCUCCUGGCUACUUAUUGCCCUGGCCCUGAAGGGACACAAACUAAUAGUGUGCUUUCCAGUUCAGCACUUGGCCAUCAAAUAUAAAAGGAUGCGUAAUUGCCUGUUUAUCCCUUGUGAAGGGGAAAUUGAGUACAAGGUCUAGGCUUUCCCACUGAGUUCCCUGCAGCACACACACACAUUCUCAGUCAACCUCUCUUCCACCUUUCCCACCCCCUCUUAUAGUCCUCCUCUCCCUCCCUUCACAGCAUACAAGUAUAUACACAUAGCCUACUAAACUGCAUCUUUAGUAAGCCCAAGGCUGCCUCUAGAUGCAUUCUCUAGCUAUUAAGUGGACAGUAACAAGAAGACUUCUUAAAUGAAGGCUCAGUAGAGAGAUACUGGCUCUGACAGCAUUCUUUCAGUCUUUGCAAACUUGAGCGUUGCUGUCUCAUGCCCAUUCAUUUGAGGAGUACUAGUUGUGACCUUGUAAUUAGAUCAAAAUGUCCCAAAAGUCAGUGACAUAAGCAAGGCUAAAUUGCCCCAUGCUUUGUAAGAAAUCUUAUCGUUUAUUUUGAAAAAAAAAAAUGCACGUGUUGUAAUCAAAUUGACUGUGGAUGGUGGUCAAAAGUUUUUUUUUGUUUGUUUUUAGCUCUGCUACCCACCUAUUGGUCAUAUAUCUGUAUGACAACUUUCACAUCCACAGUGAAACAUAGUGGGUCACUCACUGGUUAGUUUUCAUUUUGUUAAACUGGAAUGGUAGUCUGGAAUGGAAAAUGGGAAAAAAAAAAAAGUCAAGGAGAUUUCCCUAUACAUAAAAUGCAAAUUUUCCACUUGAGAAUUUGAGGAAAUGCAAGUACAGUGAACUUUGCAAAACUAAAAUGAUAAGGGAAGGGAACCAGAGGUACAAAGGAAGAACACAAGCAAAUAUUCCCAAAUAUCUUGAUCCCAGACCAUGUACCUGUUAUUUUGUAUAUCAAAAUGCUUGAAAAAUUGCUAGCUAACAAUUAAAUGGAAAACAAGAUCAACUUGUCCUUCCUCUUGGUGGCAGGGCUGACCAAAGCUGAUGAUUCCUUAGGCAAGUGGUCAUUUCAAAUACAUUUCUUGAUCCAUUAAGACACAUGAAAGUGUCAUCUUGGAUGUAAACUUUUUGUAAAGAGAGAAAAAGAAAAACACGCAUUUAGAAAUAAAGAACAGUUCUGUGUUGACAAGCUUGUGCUGUAUGAUGUCAUUACCCAGACUUGAGGACUAAGAAGAAAAGUACUUUGGGCAAAGAUUCUUGUAAUCAGCAAAGAAAAGCAAUUGAUUUUUUUUUGCAUUUCCAUGGCAUAUAUGAUAAACAUUCACCAAACAUCUUAAUAGAGUCUUAAUUAAAAAUCAGUUGCCAAUAUUGCACAGAUUCUGCUAAUACUAGCUUAUUUCCCUUCAAAUACUACUAUGUGUAAGGACAUCAUUCAUGAUGUUUAUGCAUUUUUGGACUUGUUUAUGUUAAUAAUCUUUGAAUGGAAAGGAAGAACAUACAAAAAAGGUAUUUUAACAACAACAAAAAAAAUAGGAUAGACUAGAUAGUAUAAAAAUAUAUUUCUUGAAAAGAGUAAGUACUAUAGUAAGACUUUAUAAGGCUUCCUGUUGCCAAAUAUGGUGUUAAAAUAAUGCACAAUUAAGAUGGCAAAUCAAUCCAUUAUGAAAUGCCCUGCCCACUUCUGUUACGGGAUGCAAGGAUUCAGAAGGGAUUGAGGGACACUGGUAAGGGACAGCUGCCCUCAUGCAGGGUUAGACAGCCCCAUGCUUUGUAAGACAUCUUUUAUCUUCCUGGUGAAAAACAAACAAACAAAAACAUUUCCAUCCCUGGGAUGUUUUUCAAAAAAGGGGGAGACUAUAGCUCUCUUGACUGUCCCCCUACAAGGAGACUGACUUGGCACUGUUUCAGUGGGCUCCUCACUGCUAGCCUUUUCCAUGCUAGGAGACAGAAGCAUCUCCCGCCCUGCCUGGAAAUCUGUGCAAUAGUUGUGAGAAGCAUUGAUUCAUGAGGCAUGAUGCUCUUGAAUCCCAGACAAUGUGCAGAGUUAAUAGGUUCACUUGAGAUAUAUAAACCAAGGUUGAUUGUUUAUUUUUUUUUAUCUAGUACUCAAUUCUGAGCGUUUUUGCAUGUCUUUGUACAGAGUCAUCUAUUCCCCCUCACUGCCUAUCUUAAUCUCCCUGACUUUUCCACUAGCUUUCCACUCCUGCCCUUUGCUCUUCUUCUAAUCUCAACCAUCCCCUUGAAAAAGAAAUCUUUUCUGAAGUAAGAAGGUAGAACACUCCCUCAUUUAGCCCAAUUUUGACCACUUUGGAAAUAUGUGUGUGUUCUACCCUGCCCAGGGUUUACAUAAAGUGAGUUAAGAGAAUGAGGUGUUCUAGUAUUAUAUAUUAACCUGACACGACUAAGAUUUAUACUACAUGGUGCACUGACUUUCUUGUGCAAACUUUGGUUCAGCAGCCCUACAGAGAAAUCUUACCAUUUUCCUAAUAGUGCCAGUACAAAAGUGCAGGAGAAUUACACGUGAAUACUUAGAGAAUAAAGUGGUGAGGAAGGUUGAGAAGACAGAAUUCUUUGUCUUUUCUCAAGGAUGGGUGCAAGCUGGGGUUUUGGGAAAGAAAGCUCUCUUGUUUUCUGCAGUCAUGGACUAAUCCUUAUAGAGUUCUCAAGAUCCUUUGUGUGACUGGAAAUACACUUAACUUUCUGAUUUACUCAAACCCCCACUGGUGUGGUUCUAGCAAAACCAUCUGACUUAACCUGCAUAUUUGACAAUAAAAGUGGCCAAAAAGGAUGGAAAUAUCUUGAGGAAAAAAAGAACUUGCACCAGAAUAUGCACUGCCCACCCUACACUUUGGAAGCUUAUGCUUUUUAUGUUUAUGUUAUCCUCAUCUGCAUCAGUCUCUUCUGUGAGGCCUAUCUCAGAACCAAAGCCUGCACUGCAAAUGGGAGCUGCACCACGGGGCAGGGACAGCUUGUAUCAUCCUGCUCUAAUAAUCGUGACGUCGGUAGCUUCAUGGACACUGUCUGUACCUUCAACGAGGGUUUUGUUUUACUUUAUGAUUUGUUUUAUUAGUAGUGUAAGGGAAUUAAAAGUUUUUUAUUUGCUAUUUCCUUUGUGGUAUUUUUCUGUACUAUAACUGUCUACAAUAUGUCUUUUGCAUAAAAUGCAUAAGGGUUUGGGGGUGUAAAUGAAAUUUUAUUCAUAUUUUGUCCAAAUACCUCUUGUAAUUUGUAUCAAAAUUCUUGUACAAUUUUUAUAUUAAAGAUUUAUCAGUCACUGA